AUGGUCACAGCUGCGGUUGAGCGGCCGAUGACGGCGGAGGAGCGCGUUCUCGCCUCCAACGACCCACCACCGCGGCCGUCGAGCCCGCCGGAUCUCUCCCACCGUCAGAGGGCCGCUGCCAACAGCCGUGGCACGGGCGUUGCAGUGACGUUCAGUGGCAAAGCGGCUCCCGGCGACAAUGCGCCGCCUCCGGCUAAGGUUGUGAAUGGUAAAACGAAGGCUCCUCAGGUAAGUCCUUCUGACUUCCUUGCCGGCCCAAAGGAACCUGGGCAUGUGACACACGGGGUUCGCCGCUACGAGGACAAAAAUGAAUGCAUGGUUGGCAAGGCCCUCACGGAGGAGUGGAUCCUCGGUCGCAAGGAGGAUGACCCCAUCCCACGCCGCGUGCCGAAGCAACACGGCCCCAAGGACAACCUCGUUGGUAUGGCUUGCAGCGUCAAGACGGAGGAGGCGAAGCAACGGCCACAGCGGGCGCCGGGAAUGGCGCCGCCGCACACCAAGGCAGCACCUUACAGUGAAACUGGGGUUCCGCCUCCGCCGAAGCAACCAGAGCCCGCAGUGGGCAAACGCCGCUUCCAAGCCCAAAACAACUUGAACCUAUUCGGAGGUGAGACCUCCCGCGCGGCUCAGGGCGCUGACAAGAAACAGCCUCCCGUGCGGGUGCACACGCGCCGAAACAGGUCAAAUGAAUCGCUUGACGUGCUGAACCUUGGUCAGUACACUGUCGAGGAACUCCAUGAGGUGGAGCGCAAGGCAGUAUAUGGACCUCGCGAAUUUACCCCAGCGCCGCUGCCUCCUCGUCAACGCCCCAUCAUUGCCCGUAUGAAGUCGCACGCGAAUGAGACACAUGACAUCUUUGGCACCGGCAAGGGUGUUGCCGAGCCUAUACCGCUGCACCGCAAGUCUGUCGGUGCCAGCGCUCCGAGGCGCUCUGAGGCCGCAGGCAUUUUUGACUACCCUCAAAAGGAGCAAAAGCCUUCGAAGCCGUACCACCCGAGUGAGCUACUCUCCUAUGACGAGGCUUCCACUCCGAAGAACCGCAAGGUCUCGGUGGCAACCUCGGCUGCGGAAGCCGCCAGGGCAGAGCGAACCGCCACCAAGCUUUCGAAGAUGACGGUGCAAGGCCAGCUCUUUGACUCCAAGUCGCCCGAUAUGGAGCCCCACGGCGGGCGGUGUCGCGGCGUGUAUGCACCAAAAACAGGUGUAAACAACAUCUUCUGA